AAAAUACUUGUAGCGAGUAGCAGUAAAGUUUGCAAGUGCCAUCACUAAUGUGCACUUGUAUAUGAACAUUUUGUCACUCUUGCAAUUAUUGUUUUGUAUAAAUUAGAAUUAAGUGGGAUACAGCAUGAAUAUAAUACGUGGUGAGGAUAACCUGGCGAAGCUGAAGGACUACAUACUCAACCCAGAUAUAUCGAUACACGAUCCACUGCCCGAUGUGUUGCCGCGUAAAUUCAAUGAAAUGCGUUUGUUGCAUAUUCCAAAAUGUGCGGGAAGCACAAAAUUAAUACCACGACGAGAUAUAUUAACUGGAGAGAUUCUGGAGUUUGUGGAGAUCGAGGUGGAGGACGUGGGCGCCAAUGCAUUCAAUUCAAUGUCCAUGCAUCGCGAGCCGGGUUUAUUGGAGGAAGUAACGCGUGGUUCACAUUUGAAUUAUCCCUUUUGGCCAGGAGGAUUUGAGGAGAGGAGCGAGGUAGCGUCCACCUUGGAGUUGGCACAAAUCGAGGUGGAGCUGGAUCUGGAGCAGCUGCUGACAGUGCCGCCGGGUUUUACAGCCGGACACGACUUUGCCGAGGAAAAACAAAGGAAACCCGCAGAGAAUCCGGUAGCUACAACAAAUGUGGAUCUCCUGGAUAAUCUGGAGCAGCAACUGGAUGUGCAGCAGUGGCUGGAGUUGACACGCAGCCAGAGCGAGACAGCAACAACAACAAAUGUUGCUGAUUCCCAAAAGGAUUUAAAAUUUCCCGCCGAUGUGGAUGAGCAGCUGUUGGAGGUGGAUUUACAACCCAUUUUAAAUAUAUCCAGCACACAGCAGAGCUUCAGCAGCGAUUGGGCUGAAAUGGUGGACAUGAGUCAACCCAUUGACAACUUUAAGGCACAGAUACCAGCUCCCGCUCUGGAAUUCCCCUUUGAACUGGAUGUGUUCCAGAAACAGGCCAUACUCAAGCUGGAGCAGCGUCAAUAUGUCUUUGUGGCGGCACACACAUCCGCCGGAAAGACUGUCGUAGCGGAGUACGCCAUUGCCAUGUCCAAGCGGGAUUUAACACGCACCAUUUACACAUCUCCCAUUAAAGCGCUGUCCAAUCAAAAGUAUCGGGAUUUUCGUAAAACCUUCAAGGAUGUGGGUUUAAUCACGGGCGAUCUACAAAUUGAACCCACUGCAUCCUGUUUGAUUAUGACCACGGAAAUACUACGCUCCAUGUUGUAUUGUGGUUCGGAUAUAACCCGGGAUCUGGAAUAUGUCAUCUUUGAUGAGGUGCAUUAUAUUAACAAUCCAGAGCGUGGACAUGUCUGGGAGGAGAUUAUUAUACUACUGCCCGAUCAUGUCAAUAUUAUAAUGCUGAGUGCCACAGUGCCCAAUACCAUGGAACUGGCGGAUUGGGUGGGCAGCACCAAGAAACGCAAGGUUUAUGUAAUUAGCACCCUUAAACGUCCUGUUCCCUUGAUGCACUACCUCUAUACGGGUGCCGGGGGCAAGAGCCGUGAUGACAUCUUUCUCCUGGUGGAUGCACAGGGCAAGUAUCUCCAGGGCAACUAUGAGCGGGCUGUGGAGCGCAAAAAGGAGAUGAGCAGCUCCAAAACCGGAGGCGGUUCCUCCAACUACAUCAACAGCAAGCAGGAGCAAUACAUCUGGACGGGUUUGAUAGACUUUCUGAAGCGGCACAACAAGAUGCCAGUGGUGGCUUUCACACUAUCCCGGAAUCGCUGUGAUGCCAAUGUGUUGGCACUGAAAUCCGUGGAUCUGAAUACGGCCAAGGAGAAGGGAGCCGUGCAAAAGUUCUUCCUACAAUGUCUGGCCAAGCUGAAGCCUCCGGAUCGCACAAUACCACAAGUGUUGGCACUAAAGGACUCCUUGGAACGUGGCAUUGGAGUGCAUCAUAGUGGCAUUCUGCCCAUACUCAAGGAGAUUGUGGAGAUGCUGUUCCAGAAUGGACUGGUCAAGUUGCUCUUUGCCACAGAGACCUUUGCCAUGGGUGUUAAUAUGCCUGCCCGAACCGUCAUCUUUGAUUCCAUCAAGAAAUUCGAUGGUCUGGAGAUGCGAAAUUUGAAACCUGGUGAAUAUAUACAGAUGGCUGGACGUGCUGGCAGACGUGGACACGAUGAGAAUGGCACGGUUAUACUCAUGUGUAAGACUGGAGUGCCGCCUUCGAUGGAACUGCGUCCCAUGAUUCUCGGAUUGCCGGAGAAACUGCAAUCUCAGUUUAUAUUACGCUAUGCGGUGAUUCUCACCUGUCUGCGCAUUGAGAGCAUCAAGGUGGAGGACAUUAUGCAGUAUAGCUUCAAGGAGUUCAAGCAGAAACUCCAGUUGCCCACACAGCAGAAGCUGCUCCGAGUGGCGGAAGAUAAGUUCGCCAUGUUGCCCACUCUGGGUGAACAUCUACAGCCACUCAUCUAUUUCUACGACAAGUCGGUGGAGUACUGGAAGGAGAAGCAUCGCAUAAUGAAAUUCAUUGUCACCCAGGCGAAAAUCCAAAAGGAACUCAAGGUUGGAAGGAUCAUAAUCAUCACACAUGGCACACACUACAACAAGUUGGCGAUCCUGCUCAAUGUAAAGUCGGUGCUCGGCAAGGACACGAUCUACAAGGUACUCGUGCUGGAUCAUCAGUUCAAGUCCAAGAACCAAGGUGAUACCAUCAAUCGCGGCGAGCUCUAUUAUAAGAUUCUCUCGCUGACGCCACAGCAUCGAUUCUUCCAUCCCGAGGGAAUUGGUGGGCACACAGUGCUGGACAUUAAAGCCAUCGAUAUUGUGAAUAUCACCAAGUCAACGAUUAAAGUGGAUGCGGAUGUCAUCAUAAGGAACUGGGAGCAGCGACAGUUGGAGAGAUUCAAGGAUGCACCACCAGGAGCAACGGUUGUCAAGGUUGUCACGGAGCUGCAACAAUUGAAUGAGGCGUUCAAUGCCAAUCCGGAUAGCAUAAAAUACAUCAACAUGUCCAAGGAGAUCAAUGUGAAUGCCGAUGACGAGAUGGCCAUGCUGAACUACGUGGAUCACCUGAAGCGACAGGUGGGCGAUGUCCUGCCACACACAAAUAUCGCCGGAUUCGAGCAGGAAUUCGACAAAGUCUACGAGAGACGUGUCCUGGAGAUUAACAUUGAGGAGCUGCGCUUCAAGAACUCGGCCAAGAAUCUCACCCUCUAUCCGGAUUAUUGCAACAAGUUGCAAGUACUGCGUUCCCUGAACUACAUUGAUGAGCUCAACGAGGUGACGUUGAAGGGCAAGGUCGCCUGUGAGAUGGGACAGAACGAGCUGAUGAUCACCGAGCUCAUCUUCUGCAACAUGUUCAAUGAUCUCGGACCCGCGGAAAUUGCGGCCCUCUUGUCCGGACUCGUCUUUCAGGCCAAGAUUAAAGGUCAGCCUGUAAUUCCGCCGACUUUAAAGGAAUGCGUUGCUGCCUUUGAACAAAUUAACGAUAACAUUCUGGCCGAGGAGCAGCGUUGUCAAGCGGGCAUUCAGGCCGAAAAUAAUCUAAACUUUGGACUGUUAGAAGUGGUCUACGAAUGGGCCAAAAACAAGCCCUUUGCCGAGAUCAUGAAGCUGACCGAGGUGCAGGAGGGAAUCAUUGUGCGCUGCAUUCAGCAGCUGGAUGAAACACUGAGGGAUGUGAAAACAGCAGCCAUACGCAUUGGCAACCCUGGUCUGCAGUCCAAAAUGGAGGAGGCCUCCGAGGCCAUCAAGCGUGACAUUGUAUUUACAGCCAGCUUGUACACAGAACUAUAAUACUGCCUCCCCCAAAAAACUAUGCUAUAAAUUCUGGCUUAGCCAAGAGAUAUUUUAAAAAAAGUAAAGACAAAAUUUCAAC